GUGCGCGUGGCGCAGCGCCGGGACGGGCGGCGCGGCGUGGCUGAGGGCGCGGAGAGCGAGGGGCGAUGGCGGCCGCCCUGGGGCUCUCGUCGUCGCUGGGCUCCCCCGCCGUGAGCGAGCUGUGCCAGAACAGGCGAGAGAUCUUCCUGGAGGCCUCGCGGCUGCUUCUCACCUACGCGGACAACAUCCUCCGGAAUCCAUAUGAAGAAAAAUACAGAUUAAUUCGGAUUGGAAAUCCAGCAUUUUCCACAAGGCUGUUACCUGUCAGAGGAGCAGUUGAAUGUCUAUUUGAGAUGGGGUUUCAAGAGGGAGAAACUCACCUGGUUUUCCCUAAGGAAGCUUCGAUUGAGCAGCUACGUAAAAUCAGAGACUUAAUUGCUGGAGAGAGGAGUAGCAGACUGAAUGAGUCAAACCAGAUCUACAGAUCAGGAUCCUCUGAAACUGUCAGCAGCACUCAGACAGCUGCACCACGGCCUUCAAGACCUGUUGACUCUGUUCUUGCCCCUGCCCGUCAGCAACCAGAAACAUCACUCGUGCAAUCUCUUGAAAUGAUCCUUUUGCAGGCUGCAAAUAUCUUGAAAACACUUCAAACAAAAUUUGAGGAUCUUGUAUUGAUGUACGAGGAUCCUUCUGUUCAGCAGAAAGCAUUAGCUGCAAUUCCCCUCCAGGAAUUGAAAAGGAAGGCUCAGAAAAAGCUAGCACAAGCUACAAGACUGGACAAAGGUGCACAUGUGAAUGAAGAGGACUUCUUAUUGUUGGAGCUUUUGGACUGGUUUAAGACUUCCUUUUUUUGUUGGGUAAAUAGUCUUCCUUGCAGUAGGUGUGGUGGACAGACAGAGCCUAAAAGUGACUACCUGUUGCCUACUGAUGAUGAUCUAAGGUGGGAUGCCAGUCGAGUGGAAAACCAUUACUGCAACCAGUGUCAGCUCUGUAAUAGAUUCCCAAGGUAUAACAACCCUGAAAAACUUCUGGAAACCAGACGUGGACGCUGUGGCGAGUGGGCCAACUGUUUUACACUGUGCUGCAGAGCUGUAGGGUUUGAAGCAAGAUAUGUCUGGGACUAUACAGAUCAUGUGUGGACUGAAGUAUAUUCUUCAUCUCAGAAAAGAUGGCUUCACUGUGAUCCUUGUGAAAAUGUCUGUGAUAAGCCUCUUCUCUAUGAAACUGGCUGGGGAAAGAAGCUCUCCUACAUAAUUGCAUUCUCCAAAGAUGAGGUUGUUGAUGUCACCUGGAGAUACAGCUAUAAACAUGAAGAAGUACUCUCCAGAAGGACAGCACUCAGCGAAGCUACGCUGCGAGAGACAAUUAAUGCACUAAAUAGAACGAGACAAAAGUCUUUGUCAGAAAACAGGAAAAGAGAGCUCCUGGAAAGGACUAUUGUGGAGCUUGUUGAGUUUAUUUCUCCUAAAACACCUAAACCUGGAGAAUAUGGUGGAAGGACAUCUGGCUCAAUGGCUUGGCGAAUAGCCAGAGGUGAAAUUGGUCCAGAGAAAAGAAAAGAAGUAGUUUUUAUUCCCUCUGAAAAGGAGAAGACAUCUAAACUGUUCCAUCUCAUCUACAAUGUAAUAGACGAUAGUUAUACACGGGUUUCCAAUAACAAUGAAAAAAUACAUGGCUGGGAAGCAGGUGUUUGGAAGGCAGAAUCUAUUUGGAGAAAGGUUGAAACAGAUUGGAAAAUGGUUUAUUUAGCCCGAAAAGAAGGGUCAUCCUCUGCUUCCAUCAGCUGGAAGUUUGAGUGCAAGUCAGUCGGUUUAAAAAUAGAUAACGUUUCAGUUAGGACAAGCAGCCAAACGUUUCAGAGUGGAAGAAUACAGUGGAGACUUCACUCUCCAACAGCAGAAAUUUCUCUGAUAGGAGAUAAAAAUCUUUGCUCCUCUUCAGAUUUUUCUGGAGCAACGGAAGUUGUGUUGGAAGCAGUUCUAAAUGGAGGGGAUGGUGAAGCUGCAUGGCAACACACACAGCUGUUUAGAGAGAGCUUAACAGGAUAUGGAGAAAAUUGCUUGGAGAUAAUUAUAAAACUCAGUGACCUCUGAGAAUCUGAACUGCAGAAAUGUAUUUUAGAUUCCUUGAAGACAUUACACCAUGGAUACAACAUGAAGAUUUGGUUGGCAAUUCCUCUUCAUCCUGCUGGCAGCUUAUUUCCUGUUUCACUGCUUCCAUUAAACCAACUUGAAACUGUACGUGUAUUGAAUAGGUAAACAUCACAAUGAAAACCUCUUUGCUAUGAAAACACCAAAAUUAAGGGAUUGAACCAUAAAGUACCCUUUUCCUAAAGUUUACAAUGAAAAGGAAACAAUUUUUAGGAAGCAAAACAUGAUCGUAGAAGCACAAAGCAAUUGUAAUUGAUUUUAAUUUGGAAUUUUGGGAUUGGCUUGCUGUUUUUUUGGGGUUUUUAUAAUCUACUAGGAAAAAUUGUUUGAAUUCUGUUUUCCAAUUACAACAGAUGCUUGUGAUGAUUUUAAAAUAAGUUAAACAGAUUUAGACAUUUUAAAAAUGUUUAAUUUUGUGUAGUAUCCAGAAGUGCUGAAAUUAAGUUAAUUUUAAGAUUGCUUCAAAAUUUCCUUGUUAGAUGUCUAAGUAUUAAACCUGUGUUUAAUACCUAGAACUAUUUGGAAGCAUGACAGUUGCUGGGAAAAUAACCUCAUUUUGAAAGAAACGUUCAUUAUGUACCUAAAAUUGUCAUGGCCUGUGAUACGAAAUUGAGGCUUAAAACUGAGUAAGAACAUCAUUUUUUUCUAUGAAAAAAUAGGUUAUUCAUUAUAAAUACUUUUUAAUGCUAUUAAUUCAGAUUUGCUUAAUAAAUCUUUUAAAAGGUAGGCAUGUAGGUUGAAAUCCUUUUAAGCUAUUGUCUUGACUUGCUCUAAAUACUAUUCCCAAAUUUGAUGUAAAAGCAUAUACAUCUUUUUUCAUUAAUGCAGUGUUUAAAUUUAUUUUCAGACAAUAUAGUAAUAAAAAUACUAUCCAGGAGAUGUCAGAUGUUGCAGUGCUCUGAAUAAAGCAUGGAGUGAGUGUUCAGGUUAGAUAGUCUUUGUCAGAAUGUGAGGAAGGCUAUGCCCGGAUUUUACAAGAGAUUUUCUAUUAAAGAACUAAAAUGCAAAGUUCAAACUAUGGUUUUAUUUUAAAAUAAGUGAGAAUUAAGGAUGAUGUUCUUAAGAUCAGUGUUUUUAAAGUUCUUCUUCCUUUUUCUGACCUUUCCAACCUCUGUAUUGAUUUGAAGUGUUUGUCAAAAAUAAUUUAUGUUGAAAUAAAUGUUUGCUGACCUUUCAACAAAUCUAAGCAAAUAUAAAACUAUUCAGAUUUUAUUAGAAAACUGCAUAUGUACAGUGAACACAGGCAACUUAAAAAAUAGUAGAUUAUGGCAGCUCAGGAGUUUCAGGACAAUAUGUUAUGGAUUAUAUACUUUACUUCAAAAUGUAAAUGGACAGUUUAUGAGGAGGAUUACAAGAGUCUCCCACCCGUAAUACAGAACAGCACAGUGAUAGGGUACUGUAUGGAAGGGUGUUUAUCAAUGCUUGACUAAUGCAAAGUGAAUUUGCCCAUCUCCAUUUAAAACUACUUAUGUAUGUGGUUUCAGCUAAAUGCUUUUUCUGAGAUUUUGAGUGGGAACCCAAAAGAAAAGUAUUUUAGGCUAGUAAGUAUACUACACUGGAAGAAAAAAGGAAAGGAAGACAACUCAGGUGCCACUAACGAACAAAAUUUUUUCCACUUAAUAUUUUGAUAGCUGAAAAAGUUACUGCAUUAAGACAGAAAUUGUUUUUGCAGUGUAUUACUUAGAGGACCUUGAAGAAUUGCAGAAUUCCUAAAUGCAUCUGAUAAUUUGAAAUCAGAAGGCAAAAUAAAUUCAAAAGUGGUAAGAUAAUCUUCUCAUAAUUUUGGUCAGAAUCUCUGGGGGAAGAGUAAUAGCUGCAGAUAACUUAAAACUGUAAAGUAAUUGAAGUCCAUUUUUAAAAUGUUUGAAUGAAUUAAAAAGAUGGAAAAAUGCCUUGCCAGUCUAAUUAAUCAAGAAGUACUUCUGUAUAUAUAAGAUCACAUGCAAUGAAUAGAAGUGCUUAUUUUAGGAAAGAAUUAAUAAGUAAAACACUCAGGCUGAAUAGAGCUAACAUGAAAAAUUUAAACGGAACUCCUUUGGUUGUCUUUUGGAGUACCCUGUAAACAGUGAACACUUUGAAUCUUGUCAUACAUAAGCUGUUUUAAAGGCACUAAUUUUCUCUGUAGGUCUCCAUUUCAGCCCAACUCUUAAUACUUCUAAAUUUUUUUUUUUUUUAAACCAGAGGUAAUUCCUCAUCCACAGUUGUUUAAUGUUAGCUUACAGUAUCCUGAAUUUGCAAUGUUAUAUGGUGGAAAGACCCGUGCUGCAAUCUGCUCUAAAAGUAUGGUUUUUAAGUUAUGCUGGCAGUGGUACAAUACUAGAUGAGUGAUAGAUGUUGAUCAGGGCACAUGUAGAUAGAAGUCAGUGCUUACUCAAUUUUUUAGAAGUUUGAGGAGGUGGAGAUUAAAUGGGGAAAUUAAAAAUACUGUUGCCUAGAAAUGUAUGGCUUAAUACAGGUAAAAUGAGCAAUGUUUUCUAGAAUCCAGCUUAGUCAGUACAUUUUAAAGAACAACUGGCUGUCCACUGUGCCAUGUGUGGGUGCCUUCAAUGGUUGCACUGAGGUGUAACAGUGAAAUCUUUUCCAUUAAAGUUUACAUAAAUACUGUACUACCCAGUUAAUGCUUGCAAACUAAUUUUGGGGUGCAUAGCUUCCAACAGAACUAUGUGGGAGCCUGUGCACAGAAUUCUUCCUUUCAAACAAGUACUUGUUGUACUGUUGUCUGUCUAGCGUUGAUCAUCCAGCUGUUGAUUUUGUCAUAUCCUGUUUUGAUGCUUAAUGCUUAGCAAUUUCCUACACCCCAGGAAGUUGCUGGAAAGAUGUAUCCUUAAAAUAUAUGAAGGAAGCCCCUUCUGGGCAGUGUAGAAAGAAAGCACAGGUACAAAGCACAGGUAUGCAGGAAUCAAGCAAACUUUGGUGUAAAUUAUAUGCUUGCAUUGAAAAGUAAGGAGUGAAAAUUAUCUUGUCUGGUCCUGUAUGAAAAUCUGCCUCCUUGACUCAUCUGCUACCCUUGGAAGAUUUUUCACAUAUAGUGGCUUGGAUGUAAGAUGUAAACCCUAUUAUGUGCAACAUCAGGAAAUGUAGAACACUAAAAAUAAAGUGUGUUUGUCUCCAUAGUGCGGUGGAAUGAAAACAGAUGGUAGGCAGCACAUAUGUCUGCCAGAAGCUGGGAACACCCAUUUGCAGAGUUCUUGCAGUUCAGAACAAAACAAGCCAAAACAAAGGAACUCCAAGAGGGGCAGAGAUUGUUCCAGGCAGAUAAUCAGGUUAUCUGUCCUCCAUGCCCACACUCCUCAUUUCUUUACCUUUGGUUGCUCAAGCUAGAAAUGGAAGUAUACUACUAGUUAAGAAUUUAAUGGACCUCCUUAGUAUUUGUCAAAAUUCGCAUUUCUUAAGUUUAGGCAUUAUUUAAAAUAAAUCCCUAAUUCCCAUUGUAGGUUCAAACCUCUGGGUUUGGACAAAAUUUAAAGUUUUGCCCGUGUUGUCCAAGUUAAUUCAACAACAUAAAAGAUGUGUCAGUGUUGAAGGGACUUCUGUAUUGGCUUCAUAUCAUAUGGAUGGAGAAGGAAAUUGCAGACAGGUCCCUUCCUUAAGCACAGUUGCUGGAAUAGACCUAGGUCUUUUCUAUACUUUGAAUAUUUUGGGGGAAUUUAUUCAACAUUAUUGGCAGUAGUUCAUCUUACCUGGUGCUGGUUCUGAAGGCUCUUUUAUGAGGUACUAUUGUUGCAAGCAAUGCUCUAUGCCUAGUACCUUAUGGCCUCUCUAAACAGUAAUCAGUGAUGUCAUGUGUAUUAUGUGUACCUAUAUGAUCGCUGGUCAUACAGCUGUAAACAUGAGCAGAAGGGAAGAGUAAUAGCUCUAAUACCUGGGACAAUUCUUUAUGCUGGUCUUGGAUAUUUAAUCCAAGCAGAAGGAUAGUAGAGUUAAAGAAAAAAAGUCUAGUAGAUAGAAAAAAUUCCUUCUUUAGUAAAAGUUAUUUAUUUCAGGAGUAGAAUUUUGAGACCUUGCAUCCUAUAUUAUGGCACUUAGGAUUGACCAAGUAACAAGCCAAGGUCAAAUAUAUGUAUUUUAGGUUUACAGGUAUUAUGAAAUGUGUAAGGGCUUAAAUGUGACUGUGAACAAGAGAACAGUGAUUUUCUCUGUUGUUAAGAUUUUUGUUUUUAUUCUUGGGCAUGGGGGCUUUUUUUAUGGUAAGCUUUGUAAUUAGGCUUUAGCUUUGUUUAUGGUUAGCCUGCUUCAGUUUCUGCAGCUUUAUUUUUUUUCUCAUCUAACUUAAAAUAUAUUUUAAUUUGCUUUUAUUUAUGUACAUGAUUGCAGCUGUAUGGUAAAUACACAAUGACAAAAAAUAAGUUGGUUUCUUUAUUUGGUAAAAGGAGAUAAAAGGGAUAGAUUAAAAAUACUCAAACUCAGCAGAAAAAAAAGCAAUAGUAAUUAAAAGUGAUGAUACCCAGAAACCAUCAAAAUUACCAGGACUUAAUAAAAUUUUAUGGUGAAAGAAAAUGAAAUGGACUACAUAAACUGGCAAAAGUAGCUUCCAGUGACUGACCCUGUUUUUGAGACAUUUUACAGUAUGUUCAUUUAUAUUUAGGUCCCUGAAAGUUUUCAGUAGAAGAAAAUUGCUGAGACUAGUGAGCAGGUUUUUUCAAAAAUCUGUCUAAUAUUUAAGUAAUAUCUGGGUUUAAGUAUUUUUUUAUUUUUACUUGUUUAAGCUAUAGAUACAAUUUUAAAAUUAAGAACAGGGUCCUACUGCUUGUUAUAGAUAAUUUCUUCCUUUGUUCCAGUGAAUAAUCUGGAUCUUUGAUUGUUGAAAAAGUGUGUUUAGUGACAUACUGCAUCCAAGAGCUUUAGGUCCACAUUAUCUGUUAAGGAUGUGAGAUUUCAGUGUGGGAUUGAGCACCUGCUUAGACUUGAAGGACUGAGUCUCCUGUUAGAGGUCUUAUAAACUGGGGGAAAAGAUGAUUUCUCUAUGUAUUUUGAUUAUGAUGUUUCGGUGUAUGUUCUGUUAACUUGAUCCUUUUAUUCCAUAAUGCUAUGUGUUAUUUCAUAUCCUUGGAACUUCAGUAACAUAAUGUAUUAUCCUUGAAGUCCGAGGGGAACAUAUUUUCCCCACUGAAAAUCAUCAACUAGCAGCUUAUCUCUGUCGCAGUCAAGAGGAAAUGCUGGACUUACUUUAGAUAAGCAGUUCAGAUAACGAUACACAGACUCCCUUGUGAAACAGUCAUAAGGAAACUGGCUGACGUAAGUGAAUGAAGACAUCCAAGAGCACUGUUUAGGCAAACUUGUGCUAAAGUAGGUGGAACAGUUGGUCACAGCCUCUUAGAGGCAAUGGAAGCAGCAGCGAAGUACAAAAUGGAAGGAGAGAGCCUUGCUUCUCGCCUCUGCAUUAUUACCACUGUGAUGGGAAGGAUGGAAGGUAAUGGAAUAUGUGUGUGUCCAUGACUGCAUUAUAUUAGAAGUCAAAAUAACAUAGUUAAGCUGCACCAGCUUUUAUUUCUAGCCAAAGUGCCAGGGCAAUGUAUGGUGUAUUAAAAAGCAAAGUUCACUACUGGCAAAAAAAGAUGUAACACUUUAUUGGCCAAAAGGGAAGUGCCUGGUUUUGGGCUGCAUUAAGAAUUGUGGAACUGUUCUGGUUUGGUUUAGUAUGAAGCAUGCCCAAAACUGGUUUUGAUUUGUGUUUCCUUUUGUUAGGGAGUGUAGCUUGGAGUUUCUGCCUGAGUGUGCUAACUGAUUUCCAUGAUGUUGGCAAUAAUGGUUUAAAAGAGAAUAGUCCCUCCCCCUUCAAAAACUAAAACAAAAGAUUCAAAAUAAAAAAUAAAAACACCAUCACUGAGGAUGUAGGAGCACAAACAGGAAGUGUUAGAGGCUGGAGUUUAAUUUUAACACUUGAGGACGGAAAAAAGUUAAGAUCAAUGCUGAUUAAUGAAUGUCAAAUUUGCAUAAUUUGGGGGUUGUUUAGAAAAGCUAAUUGUUUCAUUUUUUUUUAACCAAAUAUUUUUUGAAAGGAAUAUGUAUCAUCAUGGAGCCGUUCAAAAGGAAACGCCACCUUAGAAAGUUCUUGCUCAAGUGUCAGUACUAUACUCAAUCUGCCUUUAUAAGUUGUCUCAGCCCCUGACAACAUUAUUGGUUGUAUCAAUUCUUCCUCUGCACUUCAAAGUCUGUCUUUGACAAUGAUAUUUUUUAAAUAUAAAUCCAUUUGAUUUUUUUUGAAUAAGGGUGAAACCCCAGAGUUCAUAUUCAGUGCAACAGAAUUUGCAAUUUUUCUUGACUAUGCACUGUAACUAUAUAUUCUGCAACUUCAUUUUAUAGUUUUGUUUCACAUUUUAAGGCUUGCCAGUAAUUCAUAUUUGUACACCAGCUUAUUGAUGAAAAAAAAUUAAUGAGUGACAUAGAGAUAUGAAGAAAUGGGCAUUCAACUAAACAGCAUAUGAAUAACUUUCUGAAGAUACAGGGAGACUUACAUGCAUUUCUGGCCCACAGAAACAAAAUCUGGGAUACGAAACAGACUAAGAAACACUUGUCAGAAUACAUCUACCUUUUCUACUUUUGAUUUCACUUGCUUCACAUAUGGGACUGAUUACCAGUCAUGUGAGGAAAUUCAACCUUUUAUAAAUAUUCAGUGAAAAAUACAAGGUCCAUCUGUGAAUAGAGUGGCUGAAAGAUUCUGGAUGUAGAAAAAAAUGAAAAGAAAUACAAUCAAUUUCUAAAGAAAAUGAGAUUUACUGGCAUGUGAUAACCAGUUCAGUGGAAAUCAACUAGAACCUAUUCUACUCCAAGGAUUGCAUAUUAAAUCCGUAACUGGGGAAUAUUUUAUUGAAAAAGUUGUAUGGAAGGGGCACUCCAGUCAUGUAGUGUUACUUGUGGUUGGAGCAGGAGUAACCACGAGCAGAACUGGUCAGUGGAUUUUGUGUUUAACACAUUAGAAUGAGAAAACCGGGACUAGCAUUACAUGUUAGCAUUAUAUAAUUAGUAGUGAGAUGGAGGGAUUCUACAAUGAAGCAUAAGCAGAUGCUUUGUCCAUGUUUUGGAAGAUUCCUUUGUUUAAUGUGUGAUAUCAGUUGUCUCCUGGGGUAACCCUCACUGUUGUCUUCACUCUUAAACGCUCUUCCACAUUCCCUUUUUCUAAACUAGUGGUUUUCAUCCUUUGAAGCAAUGUCUGCAAUGGCAAUCAAGGCAACUUUCCAGUGACUCAGAGGUAGGAUCUGGGCGCUUCUGCACCAUCCCUGGAUUCUGUCCUUUUCUCACUUCCCUGCUGUAUCACAGGGUGGUACCCCAACCCCAUACAGCCUCCAUGCAUUCCCUAGUUUAUGACAGCUGCUGUUCCCUCUCUGGUGGGCAGUGAGAGAAGCAAGCUGACAGUAUGGAUGACAGUAGCACGGUCUGCUGAGAGAAUUCCUUGAAUGUGGUCCUCUGAAUUUACCACAGUCGUCAUUGCUGGGAGACUUUGUUCGCCUCUUUUAUCAUUUUAGUUCCUACCUGCUUUUUGUGUUGUGUCAUUUUGUCGUGUGUCCCCCGACUCCCCAUGACAUAUUCAUGGGACAACUGAAUCCUCAGCCCCUAUCAUUCCAGUAAUGUGUCCCUCACUGGUAUCCUCCUAUGUCCCCGGUAUCAUUCCUGUUCCCAGCAAGUCCACUGGCCACCAAGAAUAGCCUGCUGCAGGCCUGGUAACAUAGGCCUUUUCUCACAUCAUCUUAAGACCCACUGUCUUCCAGGAGCCUGAGGGUGGUGUAGGGCCUGCAAGGCAGGGGAAAGUGAAGCAGCAGCCAUUUUAAGGGAAGGAUUUUAGGACCAACAUUAGAACCUAGUGUUUUUGUAUGGUUGUGCUUAUAGUUCAAAAGGGCAAUGAGGCUCCUGACCAAAUGAGCAGAUUUUACUUCUUGGGAAAAUUUUUCUCCAUAUCUCAUAGAAACACUACAGAAGGACAACUUCAGAAGUUGCCAUGGAAAUUCAAAGAACUGAAUGAAUGACUAUACAUUAAGUUUGCAUGCUGUGCUGCAGGUAUCUGUUGUAAGACUAGAAUGCUGUGAUAUUUUCAAUUUAACUCCAGAGAAUAACCCAAACAAAUGCUGAAUUGAGAACAAUAUUUCAUGCCUUUUUGAAAGAUUAACUAUUGCUUUUUAUAAAUAUGCAAAGACCUGUAGGAUUAGAAAUGCAAAGCACGGCAUUCACUCCAUUAACAUGCUAAUUCAUUUAGAAGGAAUUGAAAAAGUAGUUUCACUUAUUUUAUUUGCAUGUUCCUGCUAGUCUGUUACAGAACCUGUUAAGCCACCAUGCCUGAGGCACUGUUAACAACCCCGGAGGGAGCACCAGCCUUACGGAUCAUGGGAUGUCCCACCAUGGACAGCAUGGGAGUAGCUAGGUCAAGAGUGGGAUGACAGGCACUGCAAUCUUCCUGUUUGUAAAACACAGAUAAGUGAUCAUAAAUUAGCAGGGCAGAUUUAAGCAUUAAAUGGGAGCUGGAGGGAGGCGUGGGAGCGCUGUGUUCUGCGUGUAGGCUCCGCUGGGAGUACGUCUUGUUAUACUGGGAAGCUUUGGAGUGCUGUGUGCUGUGCCUGGCUAAGGAGAUGUUUGGCUUUGUGGCUAAAAGCAGUCAUGCUGGUUUGGUGAAGCAACUCAGAGCUGAAGCAUGUGCAGUGGGUUAUGUUUGAGUGCUGCAGCUUGUGCUACGUUCCCAUGGGUUGGUAAAUGUGCCUGCCUAUAUGGCCUGUAACUGUGCUCCCUCUUUACUCUGUAGUUAGCUGGUGUGGUUCUGCCUUUGCUGUACUUCAACAGCAGCUGUCAGGAAGGAAAGUAUUGUUUUCUCUGAAUUCUCUUAAAUUCUGCACAGCAACUCAAAAUUGGUACCUUUAAUUAUUUGGGUGAAUGGAUUGUUUGAUUAGAAAGCUGAGGAAAGCUUUAUGAUUUGAGAAUUAAAUGUCGCAAAGAACCAUAUGUAUGCAAUUGAUCUCUUAAACUUUAGCUGUUCUGUGACUUCAAGUAUUUCAUUGUGUUUUCAGCCUUUAUGCCAGUGUGCUCUUUCAUCAUCAUUACUCAUGUCCCAGAGAACUGAGUCCAACAUAUUUUGGGAGAAAUGAUAGAAAAUAAUGAGCAAUUAAAAAAAACUAGGUUAGCAAACCAGCGGAAUUCUCAUGCAUGAGAACUAAGAAGUGACUUUUCAAUAAACUAACUGUAAGAUGUAAAGUAAAAAAGGAGUUUCCAUGCUUCCUAUCAUGAGUCACAAGAGAAAUGAACUCGGCAGAAAAAUGUCAUGUUUCAGUAGCAUGUCCAACAUGUCUCAAAGGGUGCAGGAACAUAAAAGAAUCUGUAAUAAUAUGUCUGUGUUGUCCCGAAGAACUAAUGUUAGUACUGGUUCCAAAGUAAAUGGAAUUCUGACAUGGUUAGUGUCAAAUAGUUUCAAAAACUGCUAGAAAAAAUAUUGAUACAUAAACUGCAUUUUCUAAUUUAAGACACAUCAGAGGAAGGAAAGCACUGAAUGGGACAGAAACUGUUACUAUGUUGCAAUUUCUGGAUAAUGUGUAUUGUCUUUUCAUGAAAACCUGACAAAUUCAUCUCACUUACCUGGAAAUAGAAGAAUGUGAGUAGCAGUAAAAGCCAAGGUAAAAGGAACCACACUACUUUCAGAUAAAUUUCAAGAGCUUCAGAGCUUCCCACUCUUCAAAGGCUUUCUGCUAUAAAAGCUUCCAGCAGAAGAGCAUAUGUGGAAUAACAAAGCUCAGUAAAAACCAACUAAAUGAAAAGGAAGGUGAGUUGUUAUUACAGUUCUAUAGCAUGAUGGUAAAAACUUUGGCAUAAGCUUGCUAUGAGGCACAGUACAGGAAAUAUAUUCUCUCUAGCUGUUAUCUAGGAGCACAGGGUAUCACUAAGUUGUUCCUUGCAAAAUUAGUUUUAAAAAAAUGAGUGUGAUUAUAGUAUAACAGUUAACAGAUUUGUUGCAAAAAUAGAUAUGCUGCCUUUUUUCACACUUAGAUCUGUCAGUAAGAUAAAACAUACAGUACCUUUUCUUUGCUUCAUAGUUUGCAAGAAAUGAAGGAAUAGUGUAAAAGAACUGCAUUGAUGAAAAACAUUUUCCUUUACUGUUCUGCAAGUUAAAUCCACUGUAGGUUUCAAAAAGAAAUGUAUAAAAUAAUGAGGACUACAGCGUCCAUAUUGUUUAGGUUAAAAAAACCCACAGGUAUAUGUGUAUCAAAGCAAGUUACUUUUAGCACAUCCUGUAGAUGAAAAACUUUUUUCUACAACAUUAAAGUGAAUUCACAAAUUAUUAAAGCACAUGUAUUCAAAGUCAUUCAAAAGACUGUUUUUCUUCCUCACAGGUGACAGCCAAGAAUCUUAAAUCAAAGAAAGAUACGCUAUGGUCAGGAUGCAGCUUUCUGAGGUGCUUAGAAAUGGGAAGAUGCUUUUGGAAACCAUGCUGGACUGAAGACCUAGACUGAGAUUCCCAGACUCUAAUAAAAGUCUGGCAUAGCAAAGUGCUGGCUCAAUGAUGCCUAAGCAGUCAAACAUAUUGUCCUGGCCAGUACUGAAAGCUGUUGCUACUGCAACUUCUGCUGCCUCUACCAGCAGUGGCUACACAGUGAGCAAGAGGCAUAUAAGAGCCACUGAUCUGGGUGAUUUUGCUUCAGCUGAAAACUGAGGUAAUGUGUUCUUAUAUUUCUCUAAGAAAAACAGGAGCGCACUAAGGAUAAUGAAGAAUCUGCAGAGCUGAUUGGAGCAAUGUGUAAGGUAUGUAAUGGAAAGAGAAUAUAAGCAGUGUUAGUGGGGUAAAAAUAGAACAGGAGACCAUAACCUAAACAUAAAAUGAUGUUUAAUGUGUUGCAUUUGGUACUUUAUUUACCCAUUCUCCUAAUAAAUACAGCAAGACUAAAAUGCUAAGCAGAAACACCACUAUUGAAACAAAUAAUGGAGGACAGCUGCAUGGUAUCUGCGAGAGAAACAUUCAGACCCAGAAAUAUCAACUAAAACAAAGGGAUAACAAAAGAUUUUUUAUUAAUUUCUCAUCAUCUUUGCUUAAUAAUAAUACCUAAGGAAAACAGAAAAGUGCAUGAAGCAGCUAGCAGUGACCAUUUUAAAAUGCUGCUUGCCCAAUCACCCAAGCUGUUGAAUUACAUAACUCCUAUUGAAAGAAAUAGGACCUGCUGCUGCCAAGCUUUGUUACAAAUGAGGCCACCUGAGAAACUGUUGAAUAGCUGACCUAUAACAAGUAAUUUUUAGGGAGUUGUAAAUUCAGAUAAUGCUUAUGGUUAAGUGCGUGGCUGAGUCUUGUGUACAUUUUACCUGUUUAGCUAUACCCUUUAUUUUUUUUUAGUUCAAGUAUACAUCUUAUUUUUGUAAUUACUUUCUCAAAGACUUUUGAAAAAUUAAUUCUCAAAAGCCUUAGAGUAGUCUGCUGACAUAAGUAAGCUGAAACAAUGUAUUUAAGCAAAGAGAAUUAUUAGUAAACAGGUUACUGGAAAGAAUAACAACUUCAGUCAGCUAGAAAAGAAUAUUCACAAAACAGUAUUUCUGUGUAAACUUCCUUUUCUAAACUGCCUUGUAAUUGUCAGAAGAACACGCUAAGCAUAUUCCCUGUGCUGUGGGCUAUAAAAGAGUAAUUCAAAUUUUAGGCCAUCUAGUACCAAAUCAAAAACAUCAUGGUCUAGUAAUUCAAAGCACUAAGGCAGUAUAAACUCAAGCUGCGAGUAUAAAUUUGCUCUAAGGGUUUCUUCAUUAAUUUGUUGGAUAGGUAACUGCAAACUCUGACUGUCUGUGAUUCUGCUAUUCCAUGCCUGACUAGACCCUUCAUAGUUAUCCCAGACUUUUCUUUUUGUUAGUUACUUCUUCUUGUCUUCCCCACUUUCUGUGCUCAGGUGUAUUUUUAGCUCAUGUCCUCAUGUGUGCCUACCCUAUCCCUCUUUCAGAUGGAUGUUCACAGAUAAUUCACCCAACUCUUUUGUUGCUCUUUGCCUCAGAUAUUAAUUUGUUCAAGUAUUCCAAAACUUGUGGCCUCCUUCUCUUUUGCCUUUGACCUCAGCAUAAACUAUGUGGGUGUAUUGGGCACACUUUAAUGACAUGCUCUGCCUCGGUGGAGGUUGAGCCAUCUGCCUCUCUUGGGUCUUUCCUGAGACUUUUCUCUUCUUGGGUUACCACAAGAACCACACAAUUCCCUUCUGAGAACGGGAAUGCAAAUGCACAUCCUGACCUAGUCAUCAUUGAUUCCAGUCAAAACUGGUGGUACAGUGAAGCUGUGCAGAAAAGCUUGGCCUUUCUAUUUCCUCCUCAUAACUACUAAUCAUAAAUCAAAACAUAAUGUGUCUGAGGUGAUUGAAUUUUAGCUCAAGAGAGCAAAGUACCAUCUCUUCAGACAUUUUGCAGAAUAGUGGUUUCUCUGCUGUCUACAUCAGUCAUCACUUUUCCCCACAGAUUCAACAUACCCACACAUGCCUUGUAUAGAAACAACUCCUUCACCUUCCUGUCAUUCCAGGAAUGAGUAGACAUGACCUUUUGGUAUUAGGAAGCAGUCUUGAUACUCGGAAUCUAUCAUGGAUUUCUGUCUGGAAGACUGCAGAAACACACUGGUAGUAGGGACCUUCAAUGAACAAGGAGAGUCUUCCUGGGUAAAAAUGAAUUGUUGCUCACAUUUUCUUGCCCAAACAGUCUUGGGUGAACUACUAGGAACAAAACUUCAUGUUUUAGUCAAAAAGAAAUUCCAAAUUCUUUGGAAAGAGAGAGCUCCUUUUCAGAGGGGCUGGAGUAGAAGGACAGUAAGAAAGAGAUACGUGGCUAACAUCAGAAAAGCUACUCUAGGAAAACCUAGCAUGCUUUGCAAUAUUCAUCCCCCUGAGCUCAGGGGAGUGCCUUUCUGAAUGGCAUGGCAUGCCCAAACCUUGCUGGCUGUUUGCAUCCUCCACGCUGAUUAACAAUGCUAUAAUGCAGUUGGUGAUUCCCAGCCACCAAAUCACAGCAAUCUGCCUCUCGGCUCAGUAUAACUGCUGAGAUGGCCACUGCUAUCUCAUGUAUGUUCAGCACAGACCUCAAAAUACAUCACUUUCUCCAUUCUGUGUUUUUUUCCAUUGUCUUUGUCCCUUCAGGUGUUUGCAGCUUUUCCAACUGCCACAAACUCUUCUAAAAGACUCAGAUGUUAAUAGCAUGGAUACUAAUUCUAUUAAUGUUGAGAAUUCCUCCCAGUAUGGCCAGCUCAGCCUCCUCUGCUUCAUCUCUGCAUGCAACUUCUCUUGCUGUAUGUGGUCACUGCACAAAGGAGCUUUCUCCUAUACAAGGAAUUUCAGUACAAAUAUUUUUAAUUUCUAUGACCAGGAUCUGCCUUAGCAAUAACUUUGUUUAUGCUGUUCAGUGAAAAUGUGUCGCAGUUUAAGACUGAGCUGACAGUAAGGAGACUGGGUGGGCUUGGAUACUAAAGCACUUCUCGUCACAGAUAAAUAUUUAAACUUUACGAGUGACACAACUUCCCUGUUCUGUAUGAGACCGAGCAGUUCAGGCUAGGGGCCAAGCAAGUCAGUGUGAUGGUCUCUAACACAACCUGCCUCUUCUGCAGCAGGGAGAUGGUGUGAUCCAGGAAGAAGUCAGAUGGGUCAGUGCAGCAGUCCCAGCCAUGAGAUGGGCAGUCCAUGACAGAGCCCAGGGGUCCCUGUAGCUAACUGUGAGGACUCUGCUGGACCUCUUCCCCAGCAACAACCUGGAAGUAGCAUUCACAGCUUGCCCCACUUGGGUUUGCCACACCUCUGGCAGCAGCACAGCACUUAACAGGUUAGUCACUGUGGAGGAAUUGGAGGGUAAACAGGGUUUAAGCUGUCCAAACCCUCUGUCAAACUGUCACAAAGUGGUAUGUUGUUCCUGGAGGAUUAAGAUGGAAAUGACCUGGUGUUUUUCAAGAGACUGGUUCUGGAACAGUCUGGCCCCAGGAAUAGCUACUGACAAACGUGCCAUGGAUACAUCAGGUAUGUAAGUCCAGGGCACGGUUCAGCUGAGAGUGUCAGGCAGUGCAUUGAGAGUGCACACCCACAGAAAAACACUAGUGUGGCCUCUUGCUAAUUCAACAAAGGUGUUUGAGAUACAACUGUGUAAGUACACAUGACCUGGCUAAAUUUAUAUAGUUAGGUGAUCCAGCCAUGGAUAGACUUUUCUUCAAUACUUUGGAACCAUGGCCUGAAACUCAUUCACAAGCAAUGGAGUACAAGUAUGUUGGUCACUCUCAUAUUGUACUGCCACAACCCUACUCAAUAAUUUGAUCAAUUAUUUCAAAAUUAUGUUAAUUAAUUAUAAUGAAAUUUAAAAAUGCAGUAGAAUAUGGAAAUUACUUUAUUGCAAGUGUAAAUAUUUAAUAUUAAAAUAUGCAAUGUUUGUUUAUACCUUAUUAGAACUACAUACAAUGUGGAAUGUAUAAUGUAAUGGGCAUCAACUUAGCUUCAUAAAUAUUUUAGCACAAGAUUACACUUUUUCCUUUGUAGUUUACGGAAAAGUGAGAGCUGUGAUCGGUCAUUUAAAUAAGUGGUUAUAUCCGAGUAUGUUCACAGAGUAGAUAAAUGCACAUAGUUUCACAAAUAGUCAUGUUUUAGGCUGAGUCCAGAAAAGCUACAGGGAAAGAAAAGGUUUUAUUAGAUAGCAAGUAAACUAGAAGCAGCAAAUAACUUAGAAAAGAUGGGAAGUUUGUGCAUACCAAGUACAGAAAUACUAAGAGAUCACACAUACAGCUGUCUUACUGCUAAAAUGAUUGAACACAAAGUAGUAUUACAAUAAGUAUUUUGCUUACUAAAAGCAGUAGUGAAACUGGUUUAAGUAGAUUAUUAUUUUGAAGGUCUGUAGGGUACUUCUAUUUAUGUUAUGGUCUCCAACUAUGAGGACAAGUAAAUCUCCAAUGAAUUGAAACAGGA